UACUACUAGUGAGGUUGCUCCAAGGAGGAUAGAGGCUACGUGAAUGACUCAUUCCCCCACCAAUCCUGUCACUAUCUUAAACCUUAUAAAUAGAGCGCAGUAUUAUGUUGUUUGAGUUUUAGUUGUGAUAUCUACAGUAACGAUGAAGCUGAACUUUUUUAUCCUAUUGAUAUCUUGUGCAUUAAGUAUUGAUUAUGUAUCUGCUAAGAUUUGUGCUGGAUGUCCAAGUGACACAGAUUCAAAGAGCCCAAUUCUUUCUGAAAAAUUAAAUAAAUUUGUUUCUAAACAAAAUUCUAUGUCUAAUGAAGAACCCAAAAAAGAUAUUGUAAUAACAAAAUCAAGCAAGCAGGUUGUGGCGGGAAUAAAAUAUACGACUGAGUUUACAGCUGUUGGAAUCAACUCUGGUAAGAAAUAUAAUUGUCAUUGCUCUUGGCUUGAGCAGGAAUGGGUUACCAAAGAUCCACAGUUGUUGGAAUACGAAUGUUCAAGUAAAGGCAAGAGAUCUCUCCCAGGAGAACCGAUUGAUGUUUCCAUCAACGAAUCCCAACAAGUGAAGGAACUGGCCGAAAUGGGAAUAGAGACUCUUGAUGAAUUGGAUGAAGAUGAUAACAAGAGGAUAUUAACCAAUGUUAUCAGUGCUACAAAGAAGCUUGUGAAUGGAAUUAUGUAUGUCAUAACAGCAGAAGUUAAAACAACGUCUUGCAAAGAAAAAGAAAGUGUCAAUGAAAAUUGCUUGACUGAAGAAGUAGGACCGUUGAAGAUUUGUAAACUUCAUAUUUAUAGAUCUUUUGCAGAUAAGUCUCCUUAUAAUGCCAAAGUAGUUAAAAGCGAAUGUGCUUCUGCGAAGAAGGAACGAUCUCUUGAGAAAAAAGUUGAUAAUGCUGAUUAUUUAAAUCGCUUAGCGAAAAUUGCCAUUAAGAGAAUUAAUGCUGGUAUCAACUCUAUUGUUGUUCUUGGACUUGCUAAUGUACUUGAAUCUGAUAACGAGUAUGAGUCGGGAAUUCAUAAAACUUUGCUUACUCUUGAACUCGGUAAUACCAACUGUACAAAACAGAAGCAUUAUGAUGAAUCUGAUUGUUUCUUGCUUCCUGAUUUAAAGAAUCACAUGGUUUGCUCUGUUGGAGUUAAUCAUAAUACUGAAAAUGAUCAAAUACAAGUAGAUAAUUUUUCAUGUAAGAACGUUGAAAGAGACCUGACACUUAGCAAUCGAGCGAGAAGGGCAUUAGUUGGUGGUAUGAGACCAUUGGAUUUAGAAGCUGAAAAUGUUGAUAGUAUCAAGAAUUUUAUCAAUUCUGAGCUCAACAAAAACUCUAACUCAAUGUACCAUAAAGCUGUAGUAAAAAUAAUUUCAGGAUCAUUGCAGGUGGCUUCUGGAAAAAACUAUAAAUUACUUGUAGAAAUAGCUGAUACCAGUUGUCUAAAGGAUGAAGACAGAAACAACAAGGAAUGCGAUCUUCAAGAAGAGGGAAGACUGCUUUGCCAGCUUACAGUUUGGGAAAGGCCUUGGCUGAUGAAAAUGGACUUAACAAGCACCAAAUGUGAUCCUAUCCACACAGUCAUGAAUAUUUCUCAGUCGGCUGAGUUGUUGGGUGUUGAUGUGCAAGACAAAGAUUAUAUUAAAUUUAAAUUUUUCACUAAGAAGUUUCAACGAUUAUAUAAAACAACUGAUGAGCUUAAGAAAAGAUUCAGAAUUUUCAGAGCGAAUAUGAAGAAAGCUGAUUACUUACAAAAAACUGAACAAGGAACUGCUAAAUAUGGUGUGACAAUAUUUUCAGAUUUAUCAACCAAGGAAUUUAAAAAGAAUUAUCUGGGACUAAAGAAAAGAACAUCUGAUAUGACAUUUAAUCAAGAAAUAGCCCAAAUUCCUAAUAUUACUUUGCCAGAAGAGUAUGACUGGAGGAACUAUAACGCUGUAACUCCUGUCAAGAAUCAGGGUAUGUGUGGUUCUUGUUGGGCGUUUUCUGUUACUGGUAAUAUUGAAGGACAGUAUGCUAUUAAGACUGGGAAUCUUGUUUCACUCUCUGAACAAGAGUUAGUUGAUUGUGAUAAAUAUGACGCCGGCUGUGAAGGAGGUUUAUUCGAGUCAGCUUAUCACGCGAUAGAGGAAUUGGGUGGCUUAGAGCUUGAAAAAGAUUACCCCUAUUCUGGACGGGAUGACCAAUGUCAUUUCAACUCUUCAGAGGUUCGUGUCUCAAUAACUAGCUCUAUGAACAUUUCAAAUGAUGAAACAGACAUGGCAAAAUGGUUAGUGGCCAAUGGACCUAUUUCUAUUGGAAUCAAUGCCAAUGCAAUGCAGUUCUACUUAGGUGGUGUAUCACAUCCUCUGAAAUUCUUGUGUGAUCCUCAGUCAUUAGAUCAUGGAGUGCUGAUUGUAGGAUAUGGUAUUCAUCGAACUUGGUUACUUCAUAGGCAUCUUCCUUACUGGCUAAUAAAGAAUAGCUGGAGCAGUUAUUGGGGUAACAAGGGAUAUUAUAUGCUCUAUCGAGGCGACGGAAGUUGUGGGGUUAAUCAGUGGCCUUCAUCAGCGGUCCUUUAAGUAUUUCAUCCCAGCUCGUAAACUUCUCUCUUGGUACCUUAGUCAGUUCCUAAUAGCUUUUUAUUUAUGAGCUGUUUUAAACUGUUUUUACUUAGAAACCAUGGUCAAUAAUUAUGUUAUUUUAAUAGUUUAAAGAUAUAUAGUUAUAUUUCUAACUCUUUAAUAUUUUAUUUAAUUGUUUAAUAUAUUUGAAGUUAUUGCACUUAAUAAUAACCUUUAUUUCUUUUUUAAGAAACUGGUUUUAAAUCAAGUGUUUCUUCAUCAAAAAAUACAUUGUUUGUAGAUUAUAAUCUUAGAAUUUAUAAAAUGAUUAAUACAUAAUUCAAUCUAACUGUUGAGGUCUUCAGUCAUAUAAUAUGGUGUCCUAAACUUUUUGUUAAUUGGAAUAUUUAGCUACACCGGUUUCCUUAUAGCUGAUGUUGGAAGAAUUUGUAGGUUUUUAUACAUUAAAAAAAAAUAAUGUUGGUAUGAUUAGUGACUGAUGGUUGACAGUAGAACAUUUCAACUAACAAAUAUUUUAAUUUCAGAAAAAUUUUCAUUUCUUUAGCUAUCAUAUUUUACAGACCAAGUGCCAUUUAAUAUAAGCCUUGUUUUUAAAUCAGUUACAAUUUUAUAAUAUAGUUUAAAUUCAAUUAUUUAAUAUAUGUUGUUCUUGGAGUUGGUGGUUUUACUGUAUACGAUUGCUAGAUAAUAGUACUAGAUUCUUAAUAUUGUUAAAACCAUAUAUUUUUAAUCUUUAAAGCCAAAUUGUAUGUUAUGCAUUCGUUACUAAAUACAUGAACUUAUUUGUGAUACACUAUGGUAUUCAAUUAUUUUUUUGUUUUUUUUUAAAGUUCUUUUAUUUAUGUUAGCAUUACAAAUAGAAUAUUAAAGUUUUAAUUCACUAUUUUUUGUUUUCAUUCUAAAUAAAAUUUCUUUAAAUUUGCUCUCUUAAUUUUUUUAGAUAUACAUAAUUAUUUGAUAUUAAUAAUCAACUUAAAACCAGUUUGUUAUCAUAAAAAUAUUGUAGAACCAAAUUGGUGUGUUCAUAGUAUAGAUUAUUAAUCAAUAAAAUAUAUUUUUAUAGAUUAUAUUAAAUACUGUUAACAUUUAAGAUUGUCAUUAUUAUUAUGUAACAUUAACCUAUGUGAUUUAUAGAAGGUGACUUUUUUUGUUAAAAACAUCAAUAAAUUAUUUUUAUAACGCAACAAACAAUUA